UAGUGAGACCUCUUGUUGUUCUCAUUCUAAGGCGGAAUACCAGUCGUCACUGUUUUCUGUUGUGUUUUUAGGCUGGAAUCAGACGAAAAACAUGCCGUUUCGAUAAUCGAAUGCGAAACAAAAGACUCUUAAGGCGAGUUAUCGUACCCAAGCUUAAGGAAGGUGCUUUGUUACGGGGGUAUGUGAAUGGUGCAGGUGUAAUUUAAUAAGAGCAGGGGAGGCUGGCGAUUUAAUAAGAUAUUGAUUUGUCCGCGACUGCCUUGCUGGCUCCAUCGCACACACAAACCAGGUAGCCAUGAACGUCGAUAUUUUUGGGGCACUGGCUGGUGCAACGUGUCGGCUGUGCAUAUGCCGUGUUCAAGCGUGCUUGCAGGCCUGAUAGGGCCCGAAAUGCAAAUAGCCGCUGGCGAUAUGCAUUAACGAUACGGGGCAAAUUCCGGCGAGUACGACCAGUACGAUUAUAACAUUCAUCACGACGGCGACCACCACGGUAACGAUAGCCACGACGGCGGCGACGACGACGCCGACUACGAUUACGAAGACGGCGACGAUAACGACGAGAACGGCGUCAACAACGACGACAACGACGACCCUCACGACAAAUAUACUGACUGUGACGACGGAAACGACAACGGCAGUGACGGCGGAGACUUGUCAAUUAGAAAAAAAAGAUAGUGGUGUUACCGCUGCACCGUGUAUAUUUUACAGAGUAUUUUAAAACACUUGCAGUGUUCAAUGUAGUAGUUCGGAAAUUGCAUGUGUAAAUAAAAUAUUUGAGACACAAUGGAUCUUACAAACAAUGGAACAUCAGGGAGUGCAGUGGCUUGCCCUGUUUGUACCCUCUAUUUACGUGAGGGUAUUAGUUUACAAAGACAUUUGGACACUCAUCCAAAGGAACAAGUUAUUGAAGCCCUUAUCAAAGCUAGUUCUAAUUCCUCACAGUUGCAACAAACUCAGUUAUCGCCAUCUGCUCCUCCAGCCUCUCCGUCUGUACAAUCGCCGCAAAGUACACCGCCAGUUGCACAGAAUACUCAUCUAUCAACUCAGUCACCAUAUCCUAUAGGACCAAUUUUUGAAUGUCCACCAAUCGGCACUGUGAUGCCACCUCAAUUUGCUUCGUUUAGUUAUCAACAAUUUGUGAAUAAUGGCACUAUGAUGAUACCACAAUACGCAAUGGCUCCACAAGCUAAUCAAAUGAUGCAGAUGCUAUAUAAUCCAUAUGGUAUGUACCAACAACAACAGAUACCAACUGUUCAGAUGAUCUCACCAGUCACGACUAUACCUAAUACGUCUAGAGGCAGGUCAAUAGUAACUGUGGCUGGCGAAACAAAUGGUAGAACUGCUAUUGCUAUACCUGUAAAUAAUUCCGAGCCAAAACAGAUCUUACCUGAAAUUUUGCCCGAAUCUGAACAAGAAUCUGAACAAGUGCUACCUGAUAUCAAUCUUCCAGUUUCGCCUUCAUCAUUAAACGAAGAGAAUUCUAUGCAUCAAACUGAAAGUGAGACUAGUACAAUUCAAAUAGAAACUGAAGAACAGGAGUCUCCAACCUCAGGUAGUGAAAAUCAAGAUAUUAUUCAGAAUGAAUACGAUAGCAUUCCGAGAACAUUGGCGAUCACUUGCAAUGUUGAAGAUACUACUGAUGAUAAAGUUGAAAGUGUAUUGCCUGAUAUUCAAGAAGGUGAAACUUCAUGUGUUGUUAAUGUAGAUGUUCAAUGUAAACCUAUUCAAUAUGACUCUUCAGAUACACAAGAAUACAUACACAGAUACAAAGAUGAAGAUGAUAAUAAUAAAGUUAAUAUGCCUGAAGCAUCAUCACCAGUGACAACAGAGAAGGAAGCUGAAGAAGCAACUACAGAAAAAGUUCCUUGCCCAGAAGUAACUGAAAUUGGGGGUACCUCAUCACAAACACUUAUAGAAGGUGCAACAAAAGACCCAGCUCAACCUGAAGUAGAACAAUUAGAACGUCUUUUAAUCACUAUUAUGGAAUCUGAAUUUGAUAAUGAAUCACAUAAAAAAUCUAAUAGUAAAGAUGACAAAAAGAAAGAAGAAGACCCAAAAGAAAAUGCUUCUUCUUCUCCAGUGAGAGCGGAAAGUGUAAUUCAUGAAACAACAGCUAAUAGUUCUAGUGAACAUGAAAGCAGUUGUAAGUCCGAUAUAGAAUUAAAAAUUAGCGAAAAUUCAGAAACUGAUAUAGAUAGUAAAGAAAAUAAGAAUUUAAGUCUUUCGUAUCGUUAUAAGAACAGUUUGUCUGCACCUGCAUCGCCAGUCUUGUCUGAAGGUCGUCGUACAACCUAUUCUGUUCGUUCAGUGUUUGGUUCACAUGAAAAUCUUAACUCUUACCCAGUCGGUUUUGAUGCAAACACAUUGCAAGAUGAAGAAGAUGAUGAAGAUGAAAAAAAUGAAACAGAAGAUAACUUUGAUGAAGCAGACAUGGAAAUAGAAGAAAUUCAAAGUCCUCAUACACCCUUUAUCAAAUAUGGAGAGAGCACAGAUCAUGUAAGAUCGCAUACUCCGUUAUCUGUGAGUAGUGGUAUCUCUGUAUUGAGAGUCAGAAAGGAUCUCAGUAAACCAUGCUCACCUGCUUCAGUACAUUCAUUUUGUCACAUGGAUAAUAGCGUUAUAAGCCAUGAUGAAGAAAGUAAUAUAGCAAUGGAUGCAACACCAGAAAAAGAUCCUAUUGACUGUUCAUCUAUGGAACAAGAUGUAAAGGUAGAUCAAUCAGAAGCCUUUUUAAAUGAAACUGGUGAGAAGAAAAUGGAAGGUAAUUCAGCAUAUCAAUCUGUAAUCACUGAACAUGUGAGCUCAUUUCCUACAAUUUCACAACAAUCAACAUCAUCAUAUGAACCAUAUACUGGUACAUCAAAUAAAAGUAAUCUUGUAAAUUUGUCAGAAUCUAUAGAUGUUGCGAGUAGCUCAGAUUCAAAGAGUUUCCAUUCUUCUAAAUCAAUUAUACAAAAGCCAUCAAUGGAACUUCUUAGUUUAAAUGAAGAUGCCCAUGCAGGUCCAAUGAAUGUUUUCGAAUUUGAUGGGCUUCAGAUCUUAGUUCCUAGUACAUUUAUAAGUGAUUCUUCACAAAAAGCUGUUAGUGCAACCAGUCAGCAAUCCAUGGCCAGCAGUGAAGGUGGAAUAGGUGUAGAUGAAGAAGUAAAGAGCAUUAACAUGAGAGCAGACGAAACUAUGCCACCUAGAGGUGAAUUAUCCGAACAGGAAAGCAAUGGAUGUACUGAACCAUCUGCUUGGCAGCUAUAUGCUGGACAAGAAUCAUCACGUAUGUCAACUUCUUAUGACUUGAUGGCCCGUGAAAGUUGGGAAGAAUCAGAAGGAUCCGACAAUGAAAUUAGUGGACCGUUAUUAGACAGUAGAUCUUUAGCUACACAUCUGACAUCCAGUCUCUUCCUAGAUCGAGAUAGGAAAACUCCAACAAGAAGAACAUUCAAGUGUUAUCAUUGCCCUGAGGUAUUUGAUUGUCCGAAAGAACGCAGAGUACAUUGUACUACUACGCACAAAGAAGCUGGACCUAGUAGUAGUAGUAGAGAUUCUACGGAUCAACCAGAGGUGAAGGAUAUCAAAUUACUAGAUGGCCGCAUGAACGCAUUUGAGGAUAUUUUUGUACCAGGUUUACAUGUUCAACAAGUUUAUCAUCAACAGCCACUAUUACAUCAGCUCCAGCCACCGCAAUCAUCAGAUGUAACUGCAAAAGUAGAACCUGAUCAAAAGAUUGAAACCUUAGUGUUACCAUCAAACAUUGAGGUAGUUUGUACCCUGUGCAACCAACGAUUUAGUAGUGAAAAAUCAUUACAGUUACACCACAGAAGAGUACACCUCACAGAAACUUCAAAACGAGUUCGUGACAGUACCAAGUGCCAGAUAUGCCAAGAAGAGUUUCCUUCAGUUUUGUUGUUCAAUGCACAUCUAAAAAUACAUCCGUUAGAGUGUGGUCAAUGCGGGAAGUAUUUUUAUAGAAAACAAAACUUUAAGUUACACAUGAAACGACAUUUGGGAAUAAAGCCGUUUCCAUGUACUGUUUGUGACAAAGCAUUUUUAACUAAGCAGAAGUUGGACGAGCAUACUAAUGGGCAUACUGGGAAUGCACCUGUUAAGUGUAAUCUCUGCAAUGAAACAUUUCGCAGAUAUUCAAAUUUAACUCAACACAAGAAUAGACAUCAUCUGAACAUAAAAAGGAAAUUGAAGGAUUAUAUAUGUCACUGCGGCGAGGUAUUCCAUACGAAAAAGAAAUUGGCCUGGCAUAAAGAAACACACGACGAUAAGCCCAAAGCGUGUACAUACUGCAAUGAAAGAUUCAUUCAUAUGGCUAGCCUGACCAGACACAUGCGUCGUGCUCACAACAGAAGAUUCGUUCCAGAUGCUCAAAGGGAGAGCGAAAACGUUGAAUGUCCCAUAUGUAAGUGUAUUUAUUUGCGAUCUUCCUUAGCAGUACAUAUGCGAGUACAUAAUGGAGAAAGACCAUAUGAAUGUCAAGUUUGCUCCAAGGCGUUUAGUACUAAGUGGAACUUACAAUUGCACAAAUGGACACACGCUGCUCGUAGCACCAAACCUUUCAAGUGUAAUCAGUGUAGUGCCGCAUUUUACCGGCACAGCGAUUAUACUGCUCACAUGAAUUCUCAUAGGAACGUGCGUCCUUAUACUUGCAACUAUUGCGGAGCGCAGUUUAUACGAAAGUAUAAUUGUCUAAGGCAUGUCAAAGAGCACGAAGAGAACAAAGCAUACACUUGCGAUGUUUGCAACAAAACAUUUCAUAGAUCAUACUAUCUCAAGGAACACUUGCGAGUACAUUCGGGCGCCAGACCAUAUACGUGUCACAUUUGCGGGAAGUCUAGCGGUACGAAAUCGAACCAUAAUAAGCAUGUUAGAAUCCAUCAUGCGCGAGAGCCUGUAAAUACCGAGAAUUAAAAAAAAACGAACGAGAAUUAAUUCAUUUAGUCAAUAUCAAUGUUAUUGAAAGUAUUGUUGCACAAUACUUUUAUCUAAUUCUUUUAUUUUUUAGUUUUCUUUGAAAAUCGUAAUCUUCCUUUACUAUUUCGAUUAAUGAAAAUACUAAUUUAGUACUAAAGGAAGAGUAACGAAAUGAGAAAACUUGAUUGUACAAUCUAGACAUUUUACAUUUUAAAAGAUCUCGUUCGUUCGUUCUCUUAUUUACUAAAUAUUUUAAUAUAGACAGUUUAAACUUGAGUUUACUGCUAGUAUUGUGCUAGCUGUUAGUAUCAACAAUCAUAUAAACAGUUUAAUUUGUCAUAUCAACAAUGAAGAUGGUUUUACGUUGUAUACUUUGCGCGAUAUGCGGUACGUUCUAAUUCAUAAAAUUUUCGUCGUAUAGUCCGCUAAAAUACAAUGACUCGAGACUGUAACUACUUAAGAUAAUAUGAAAUUUGUAAGUAAUAUUAACUGAUACAUAUUGUCUGGAGAUCUGAGCAACUUCCGUAAAGAGAAGUCUAUACGAUGAGAUGCUUUUGCCAACUUACACUAAUUAACUAUUAGAUAAUAAUGAACUAACUGAUCAGUGUAAUGGAGUCAUUAAGCACUUUUUAUGUGUUGAUCGUUAUACAAAACAAAAAAAAAUAAGAUUUUUUUACAAUAACUAUUUUACACGAGGCAUGCGUAUUGUGGUGUUAUGCAUUGGCAUUGAAUGUGAGAACAUAAUGGAUUGGAGAGAAAGAGAGUGAGAGUAAGCGAGAGAGAGGCCCGUAUUUAUUUGCGUUGAAUUGUGCAGCGCGUAAGGCCCCAUACGAUAAUUAGCGUUAUUAAUUAUCACAAAGGUAGUUACGGAUCUUAGUUAUUAUUCUUCUAUAUUUAUAUAUUUUGCAAAAUGUAAUGAUUUUUAUUGCUAAUUGUAAUUCCAAGACUGAUCGAUGUUGGUUCCUCAUAUUGCUCUCGCAUGUAAACGUAGUAUAUAUAGAGAUGUAUGCUUGUAAGAAGAUUUCAAUAAUCUUAAGUGGGUUCGUGUAUGCGAAAUUUUCACGAAAACAAAUUCGUGUCUAACCAAAAUAAUCAAGUAUACUAUGUCAAAUAACUUAAAGUUUGACUCUUUUAUAUUAUAUGAAGUGUUUGUGACUGUUCGUUGUCACAGAAUUACUAGAGAGCAAUAUGAACGAAAGGAGGCGCUGAAUUAUUACUGCGUAUUGAAAUUUUGUUGUACUGUAUUUAAAUCGCGUUGUUGUUACAAAACAGUGUUUUUAUCGUGAAAACAGUUAGGAAUCUGAACAAAAUUUUGCAUGAAACUUUUAACUAUUUAUGUUCCACACAUUGAGUUUUUAUUUGUUAAUAGUUAUUUCGUAAGUGAUCUAAGAUCCUUAACGAAUAACUAUACGUUUUUUUUCUUCUCAAACAGAAGGAAGUCGAACGUUUCGACCUAGUUAAAUAUAACAAUUUUCGAUACACUCAGAUGUUAAGCGUAGCUUAUUUAUAUAUAUAUGACCAACAUCGACGUCC